AUGAACUUAUUGAGACGUUUGAAAUGUCACUUAGAUUUAGACAAAUGCCAGUUGAUCACCGUCAGUUGCGUUAUAUUGCUCAGACAAGGCCACGCUGACAGUCGUAAAACGUUUACUAUUUGUGGGAGCUCAUCUGACGAGGAACACCGGGUAGACACGUUUAUCCGCUCACUCGAAUUGCCAACGGACGAGGGAACGUUGGAAAAGCUCAAAGAAGUGCUGCUAGCCCACUCUGAUGCAUUCGCCUGGCAGACUGGAGACCUGGGUCGCACCAGCGUCGUGAAACACCUAAUCGACACGGGGAAUACGACCCCGAUUAAGACUCACCCAAGACGGAUCCCAGUGCCCUGGCAAGGCGAGCGGCAAAAGCUCAUAGACGAGCUGUUGAAAAAGGAAGUUAUACGACCCUUUACUUCCCCAUGGGUAGCCCCAGUCGUCUUGGUAAAGAAGAAAGACGGUGACAUUAGGCUGGGUGUUGAUUAUAGGCGGCUACACGAAGUCAAGCGGAAAGAUGCAUAUCCACUGCCCAGAAUUGAUGACCUUUUCGACGCGCUCGGAGGGUCGGCUUAUUUCAGCACGCUAGAUUUGGUGUCCGGCUAUUGGCAAGUGGAAGUUGAAGAGAGUGACCGAGCGAAGACAGCCUUUGUAGUACCUUCAGGCCUUUACGAGUUCCAAACAAUGCCUUUCGGCCUAUCAAACGCCCCUGCAACGUUUCAACGUCUUAUGCAGAAAGUGCUUCACGAUUUAGUUCCUCACAAGUGUCUCGUCUAG